AUGUAUGAGGAGGAGACGGCGGCGGGUCUGGCUGAGGAGGAGGGACACGCGGCCCUCCUGGAGGUGUUGGCGGAGGGUCUGGAUCUUGCGAUUCGAGAGACAUCGGGCAGUGAGCCACACGCAAAGGGUGGAAGUGAGGGCGAAGAUAGAGGUGAGGAUGAGCCCGAGGCAUCAGGGACAUGUGAGAGAAUUCAAAAGGCUGCACCUCCAGAGGCAUCAAGACAAGAAAUAAAGAAACAGAGGACACUCUGGGUCCUAGUCCUCCAGAGACACUAG